AUGUCUGAGCGGCCCAUCACAACGUUGGAUGAAGGAUGGUCACAGAUGGAACUGGGGAUUGCGAAGCUGAUAAGAAUUCUUGAACAGGUUCCUGGUGAAACGCAAUUCGAUUCAACUCAAUACAUGCACCUGUACACAAUGAUUUACAAUAUGUGCACUCAGAAACCUCCUAAUGAUUACUCUGAAAAUCUUUACGAACGAUAUAAAGAGACUUUUGUCAAGUACUUAACUACAAGAGUUCUUCCAGCUAUACGUGAGAAGCAUGACGUCUUCAUGUUACGAGAGCUCGUUCACAGAUGGACGAAUCAUAAAGUUAUGGUAAGAUGGCUUUCUCGAUUUUUCUUUUAUCUCGAUCGUUAUUUUAUUGCUCGUAGAUCAUUUCGUACAUUAAACGAAGCUGGAGUUGAUUGCUUUCGUGAUAUUAUAUAUGAGGGUUUGAAAGUUCAUGUUAAAGAUGUUGUUAUCUAUUUGAUUAAUCAAGAGCGUGAAGGAGAUGAUAUUGAUCAUACUAUGCUUAGGAAUGCCAAAGAUAUGUUUGUUGUUAUGGGGACGAAGAGUGAUGGUUUAGAUCGUUAUGUGAAAGAUUUCGAAACUGCGUUUUUAGCCGAUACAGCUGAUUAUUAUACCCGGAAAGCUUCUCUGUGGAUCCAAGAAGAUUCAUGUCCCGAGUAUAUGAUCAAGGCUGAAGAGCGUUUGAAGAGGGAGAAAGACAGCGUCGCGCACUAUUUGCACUCCAGUACUGAGGAGAAGUUGUUGGAAAAAGUUCAAACUCACUUGUUGCUUAAUAAAGCAAAACAACUUUUUGACAAGGAAAACUCUGGAUAUCGUGUAUUGCUUAGAGAUGAAAAAACCGAAGAUCUCGAAAGGAUGUAUCGCCUUUUUUCUAGUAUCAAGAAUGGGUUGGAUCCUCUUUCUGCUGCGUUCAAAGACCAUGUUACUUCUGAGGGUUUGUCUCUAAUUCGACAGGCAGAUGAUGCACUGACAACCAAGAAGGAAGACAAAGCUGCAGUGGCUUCGCAAGAGCAGGCUUUCGUCAGAAGGGUGAUCGAAUUGCAUGAUAAGUACUAUGCCUAUGUGACAAUUUCCUUUAAAAAGGAUAGUCUUUUCCAUAAGGCACUUAAGGAGGCAUUCGAGGUGUUUUGCAACAAGAAGGUCGGUAACAGCUUGGUUGCAGAAUUGUUGUCUACCUAUUCUGAUGGUGUCCUUAGGAAAGGUGGAAGCAAUGAGAAACUGGAUGAUGAUGCCAUUGAGGAAGCCCUUGAAAAGAUUGUAUGCCUGCUUGCUUAUCUCGAUGACAAAGAUUUAUUUGCUGAGUUCUGUAAGAAAAAGCUUGCUCUCCGCCUUCUGUUCGAUAAGAAUAGUGCCGAAGAUCAUCAUGAGAGGAGCUUUUUGUCAAAGUUGAAGCAGCAAUGUGGUGCUCAGUUUACCUCGAAAAUGGAAGGCAUGGUCCAUGAUUUGGAAUCAGCAAGGAACACGCAGAUCAGAUAUAAGGAGGAAUAUACAAACAAAAUCGAUUAUAAGGAGGAAAAUACAAACAAAAUCGAGUUCAAUGUCACUGUCCUUACUACAGGAUACUGGCCAAAUUACAAAACUAUCGAUCUGAGGUUACCUGGCGAGAUGGUAGAAUGUGUGGGGUCUUUCAAGGAGUUUUAUCAGAUAGAUAAAAAGAACAGGAAACUUACAUUCUUAUACUCCAUGGGUUCUUGCAACGGCACUGCAAAGUUUCAGAAAAAACCUAUAGAGCUUAUUGUGACGACUCACCAAGCUGCUGUGCUGGUGCUAUUCAACGACUCAGAUAAAUUAAGUUAUUCAGAUAUCAGGGACCAACUAAACUUAACAGAUGAUGACGUUGUCAGAUUGCUCCACUCGCUUUCUUGCGCAAAGUACAAGAUCCUAGCCAAAGAACCUAAUACAAGAACCAUAUCUCAGAAGGACAGCUUCACAUGGAAUGUCGAGUUCACUGAUAAAAUGAGGAGGAUCAAGAUUCCUUUACCCCCUGCUGAUGAAAAGAAGAAGGUGACUGAAGAUGUUGAUAAGGGUAGGCGUUACGCGAUUGAUGCUUCUAUUGUGCGGAUUAUGAAGGCUCGUAAGGUCUUGCAAUACAAUGACCUGGUGACAGCUUGUGUGGAGCAGCUAAGUAGAAUGUUUAAGCCCGAUUUCAAGGUUAUCAAGAAGCGGAUUGAAGAUUUGAUCUCUCGAGAAUUUCUUGAGAGGGAGGAGGGCAGUGCGAACACGUUUAGGUAUCUGGCUUGA